AUGUUCGUGCGUGUCGGGAAAGUGCAGGCACAACGAAAAUUCGCACAGGGUGCGUACAUACCGCCGGCUAAUAACAACAACGAUCGUAAAAUAGACCAAACCCCACAGAAGGAUACCGCGGAGCUACGCAACAGAAAUAUCUUUCACAGCAGUUCUUCUGCGAAACAAUUACUUGACGUCGUCAGCUUGCAAAAUCUCCAUUCACACAUAGAUCCUUUUGUGCUGCUAGAGAGACUGAACCUUGGCACAGAAGCACCUCGUGAUUCCCCUAAAUCAAAAACUAUGCAAUCUGAACCACGCAUGACAAUGAGAAAGAGACGAUCCAGGUACUCAUCUCCGUUAAAAACAAAUAGUCACGGCAUGCGCCUACGAUCGUCGACCCGCUCGCCUUCCAAGCUGAAGUAUACCUACGAAUUUUGCACGGAGGAUGAACAGCCUCUUACAUAUUUUACCAAGAAUAGAAAAGGUCUCAAAUCCCAGCCCAGUAACGACCCGGCCGGUAAAUCAGACAAACAGGCCAUCAUUAAUCCUGAAGAUCCUCUUGCUACCCCUUCACCAUUCAAAAAAUCUUCACUGAGCUCCGCUCCAGAACGAUCUACGUUGAAGAAUAGAGCUGGCCGACCCAAGAAAAAAUCUCGUGUUUCCUCUGCCUCGAGAUUUACUACGGCAGACAAAAGUAUUUGGGUGAUGAAGCAAGGGAAGCGGAGGACGGGUAGUCGCGCUUGCUGCGGGGCGCACCGCACGAAUUUCGUCGACGCGCGAUGUUCAUUCAUGUAUCUGUAU